AUGGCUGCGGGUGCUGGUGGCGGCGCAGGCGUGUCCCUUCAGCGUGGCGGACCGCCGCUGGCUGUGGUGCUCCUGCUCUUGGUCCUCGUCCAGUUUGCAUUUGGAGGGUAUGGGAUUGUGUUGCAGGCGUUUGCCAAGGAUGCGCACGCGGAUUCGCUCGUCUUCUCCAUGCUGCGCGAUGCGUUCUGUGCGCCUGUGCUGCUGCUUGCAGCCAUCGUCUUCGAGCGCACCUUUGUUCUCCCACGCCUGCGCGAGAUCCCGCUCCUCUUUGCUCUCGGGCUCCUCGGCAUGUUUGGCAACCAGUACUUUUACAUUCAAGGGCUCUACUUUUCAACACCAAACAUCGCCAGCAUCUUCCAGCCCUGCAUCCCCGUCUUUACUGCGCUCUUCGCCUUUCUUGUGUGCAUGGAGCCGCUCCCGAGCAAGUCAAGGGCAUAUCAAUGGCUCAAAGUGUUGGGUAUUCUGCUUGGUGCUGGAGGAGCCAUUGUGAUGACGCUUGGCAGGCCCGAAUCUGCCCCCUCGCAGGUUCGGGUGCAGCACUUCAGCGACUUCUCCUGUCACGUCCUCAACUCCACCGACACAUACAAGACCACAACCUGCUUCAAUUCCUCCUCUCCCGACAGCCCUUUCAUCAUCAACGCCCCUUAUUUUGAGUUUGCAUGUGUCAAAGGGACGGGUGGCGGGAACACCACUGGCAAUGCCUCUACCGCUUCAUGUUUUGAGGUGGAGGUGAAGACAUUCUCGGACAAGGCUUGCACGACGCUGAACCGGACCUGGGUUCCACAUUCCCAGUCGACGUGCCACGCCGGCAUGACGCUUGCGUGCGUCCAUCCGUCGGCUGAAUCACAGGUGCUUGGCAUAGUGUUUCUUCUGCUGAACUGCAGCUGCAUGGCGGUGUAUGUGCUGCUGCAGAAGCGGUUUGUCUUUGGCCGCUCGGAACAGGACAAGCGUGACCCGCUCUCCAUCGCCAGAUGGCACAAGUACCCGCCCGAGGUGAGGCUGCUGCCGGCAUUGAAGCCGAACCAGCCCAUCCACAGGCAGAACCCGCCCACGCAGGCGAUGGGGAGGUUUGACGGCUUGAAGUGGCCGUGGGCCCUCGUCACCUCCUUUUGGCCGGUCCAGGUGUUUGUCACCGUCGUGCUGUCGUACUUUGUGUUUGGGGACGAGCUGGCCACGCUCGAGUACGUGGGCAUGGCGCUCAUCAUGCUUGGCAUGCUGGCUGUGAGCCUGGGCAACUACCGGGAGACGCGCCCGCCCAAGUCCAGCCGCGCCAAUUCCGCCGAGGUGGACCAGCUCCUCAUCAACCACGACUACUAGCACAAGUCGCCGCAUGCAUGUGCAUGUGUUUUGUUUUGUUUGCGCCGUGCGUUGGCUGCAUUGGUGUGACGUGCCUCUUCACGGCGUUGCUCUUGCUUAUUAUUCCGGCGUUUCUCGGACGCGGUGCUUUGUUGUGCGUUACAUUAUGGUUGUUUGUUAUGUUACAUUACCUGUUGUCCUGCUUCUUUCUUGUCGUUCACACACAUCACACAUUCAACCAUGUCCCAGGUUCGGUCUUGCUUUCCCCACGCUACACCAACGUUGUUCAUGAUACAUGUCACGUCCGGUGAUGUGUGCGACAUGAUUUGACACAAACGCCUCAGAGAGUCAACCACGCACAUCCUCACACUGC